GGAGGGGCGGGGGCACGUGACCGUUAACGCUAACGGAGCAGAGCUGCUGUGACUGGCGCCGGAGUGAGCCUGAGACGCGGGGACGGGAAAGGAUAUUCAUUGAGACCGGUAUCUCAAAACAAUUUCUGACAGUCAGCGGAGUGAUCGGGAUCUGAUUAUCAUAGGCAUUUACCUGUGGAAGGAAAAAAGUACUGUUAUUUUCAGCUUGAAAGUUUGAUGUGCAAUUAGAGAAUUCAAAUGAAACCACAUCCAGAUCUGACAGCCACUCUGUUUAUCACAAUCUAAUUAUCUCAGAAAUUUGAGCAUCAAAGGAGAAAGCACCGUUCACACUGGGGAGAAACACAUAUUGUCUGUGUGUGGAAGAGUCUGUGAAGGUUCAUCUGAAAUGUCCAAACACCAACGCAGUCACACUCGGGAGAGAUUGUGUAAAUGUGAGGAUUGUGGGUGGGGAUUUAUCUACCCUUCCCAGCUGAAAAUUCACCAACGCAGUCACACUGGGGAGAAGCCGUUCGUCUGCUCUGAUUGUGGGAUGGGAUUCGCUUUGUCAUCCAACCUGCGCAAACACCGGCGAGUUCACACUGGAGAGAGACCAUUUGCUUGCUCUGUGUGUGGGAUGGGAUUCACUCAGACAACUCACCUGCUGAAACACCGGCUAGUUCACACUGGAGAGAGACCAUUCACUUGCUCCGUAUGUGGAAAAGGAUUCACUUUGUCAUCAAGUCUGCUAAUACAUCAGCGAAUUCACAAUGGGGAGAGACCAUUCACCUGCUCCGUGUGUGGAAAAGGAUUCACUUUGUCAUCCACCUUACUGAGACACCAGCGAAUUCACACUGGAGAGAAGCCAUUCACCUGCUCUGAUUGUGGGAAGGGAUUCACUCAGUCAUCUUACCUGCUGGAACACCAGCGCGUUCACACGACGGAGAGACCAUUCACCUGUUCUGAGUGUGGGAAAGGAUUCACUCGCUCAUCGAAACUACUGAUACACCAGCGAGUUCACACUGGAGAGAAACCGUUCACCUGCUCUGAGUGUGGGAAGGGAUUUACUCACUCAUCGAACCUACUGCGACAUCAGCGAGUUCAUACUGGAGAGAGACCAUUCACCUGUUCUGAAUGUGGGAAAGCAUUCACUCAGACAAUUCACCUGCUGAUACAUCAGCGAGUUCACACCAGAGAGAGACCAUACAUGUGUUCUGUGUGUAGAAAAGGCUUUGCUGAUUCAACCUCCCUGUUGAUACACCAACGAGUUCAUACUGGGGAGAAACCAUUCGUUUGCUCCUUGUGUGGGAGGCGAUUCACUCGGUCAUCCAAACUGUUAACACACCAGCAAACUCACAAAGAACCACAGUUGAAGGAAUUUGCUCUUACUCGCUCCAAGGAAUGAACUGUGCUCUUUGGCCCAAUUGUACUGUUGUUAUCAAUCCCUGCUCAGUUAAAGUUGCUAAAAUUGCCAAUAAAAUGUUCAUAGCAAUUGUGUCCCUGUAAGGUAGGUUUGGGAAAUGAUUACACCUUCACUGUAUGUCAACACAUUAACACUGAGUAUAGACUGUCCACCUACAUGUAUAUGAAAAGGGACUUCCUCGUGCAUUAAGACUGGUUAACCACCAAUCAGUUCCCAAGUAAAUGGAGGACUGUUAACCAUCUCUAAACAAUGUUCUCUGGGCGUGUUUCUGAUGAUGUUUGUAAGCAUGUUUGGUUACCUAAUUGGGGGAAAAAAGCUGACAUAAAUCAGCCUUCUGUUAAAAC